UCUUUACAAGAGGCAGCAGGAGGCGGCUGCAGCGGGUCCCCUGCGCAGAGAAGGGGGCACUAGGAGGCGGCGCGGGCCCCGCCCCCUCCCCUGGCGGGCGCGGGCUCGAGACGCUGCGCGGCGGCAGCAGCAGCGGGAGCGAGCAGCAGCUGUCAGGCCACCGAGGUCCAAGCUGCACUUGCUGCCCCACUGAGGACGAGGUGGCAGCGCGAGCCGUGACCCGGUCGCCGAGGAGCCAGGCUAGAGGCACGCAGAGCUGACCUGCCUGGCGUCUGUAACCCUGUCCUCUCUCCUCCCCAUUGUGUUGGAAUCCUAAUAAAAUAUAAAGCAACAAAAAGGACAAGGAGAAGGUUGAAAUUGUGAAGAGAAACCUAACUAGGUUCUUUUGUUUGCAGACUUCUCCCUGUUUGGUGCUGCAACAUGAGUGGGAAAUCCCUUCUCUUAAAGGUCAUCCUCUUGGGUGAUGGAGGAGUUGGGAAAAGCUCACUUAUGAACCGUUAUGUAACCAACAAGUUCGACUCCCAGGCUUUUCACACGAUAGGGGUAGAGUUCUUAAAUCGAGAUCUGGAGGUAGAUGGACGCUUUGUGACCCUUCAGAUCUGGGAUACUGCGGGGCAGGAACGUUUCAAGAGCCUCAGAACACCAUUCUACAGGGGAGCCGACUGCUGCCUGCUAACCUUCAGUGUGGAUGACCGGCAGAGCUUUGAGAACCUUGGUAACUGGCAAAAAGAAUUCAUCUACUAUGCAGAUGUAAAGGACCCAGAUCAUUUCCCCUUUGUGGUUCUGGGUAACAAGGUAGACAAGGAGGAUAGGCAAGUGACGACUGAGGAGGCACAAGCCUGGUGCAUGGAGAAUGGAAAUUACCCUUAUCUAGAAACAAGUGCCAAAGAUGAUACUAAUGUGACAGUGGCCUUUGAAGAAGCUGUUAGGCAGGUGUUAGCUGUAGAGGAACAGCUGGAACAUUGUAUGUUAGGUCACACCAUUGAUUUGAACAGUGGCUCCAAAGCAAGUUCUUCUUGUUGUUAGAGGUAGGGACUCUUGACAAGUGUGCAAUAAGAUGGUCAGUCUGUUGUGUAAAAACGACUGUGCUCUUUGGUAGUAUGAACACACACACAUACACACACACACAUGCACACAUACACAUGUACAUGAAAGCACGCUCACACAGGCAAUU